AUGCAAUCCUUCUUCCAGAAAGCGAUCAUCCUCGCUGCCUUGGGCAUGGCUACUGCUGCCCCGCUUGCCUUGCCCCAGGGUAGCUCUUCUGGAUCCGGCAUGAGUGGUGGAUCGUCAUCCGGUGGUGGAGGCGGCUUUCCUGGCCCGGACUUUGCCCAGCUCGGGACGCAGGCUGGAAUGCAAUUUGCAAAUGCGGGCUUGCAGCAGGCAACCAAAGCACUAGGAGGUGGCGGAAGCGGUGGAAGUGGCGGAAGCGGUGGAAGCGGAGGAAGCUCUUCCUCCUGGAACAUGGCGACACCGAGCGUCCUUGGCGUGAAUGAGUACGUUAUGAAAGCCAUCAUAUUGGCGGCCCUUGGCAUGGCCACUGCCGCUCCUCUUGCGCUUCCUGAUGGCCCCACCGGCUACGGAGGCAUCCCUGGCACUGGCUCGGUCGCUCCCAAAGCUCAGAACGGCGGGUCUGCGGGCGGCAAGGACAACAGCGGUACGACGUCGUGGAUGCCGUCGACAGACAUGAACUCUGGUGCCCCAAAGGACGUCUCGGGCCUUGGUCCUGAGGUUGAGGGAGGCGACAAACCCGAACCGCUUGAUUUGCAGCCCAACAGUCCGAUUCCGAAGGGCUACAACACUCCAGAGACCCAAACCUUCAAGCCCGACACGAACUCUGGAGCCCCAAAGGACAUCUCGGGCCUUGGUCCCGAGGUUGAGGGAGGCGACAGCACCCCAUCUCCAAAGGGUGACGAGAAGCCGAAGCCUGAGAACGGCAUGCCUCAGAACGGAGGCUCUACUGGAGGCGAUACGACACCAAUGCCGGAGGGCCAGAUUCCGAAGCCUGAAGACGUGACCGGCAACGGGGGUGUGCCGAGCUACGCAUAUCCGAAGGGCCAUAACGCUGACACUCCUGGCCUGCCUCCUCAAAUUCAAGGCGGCCAGGGGGAUAUACCAAGCUUCCCAUUCCCUCCCAACCCUCAAGGCGGCAACGGGGGUCUGCCGAGCUACGCAUAUCCGAAGGGCCAUAACGCUGACACUCCUGGCCUGCCUCCUCAAAUUCAAGGCGGCCAGGGGGAUAUACCAAGCUUCCCAUUCCCUCCCAACCCUCAAGGCGGCAACGGGGGUCUGCCGAGCUACGCAUAUCCGAAGGGCCAUAACGCUGACACCCCUGGCCUGCCUCCUCAAAUCCAGGGCGGCAAAGAAGGAUCCGGAAUCCCUCCUACGACCAUGCCUGGCGGUUACGGCAAGCCUCCUUCCGAGCAGUAA